CGAUCACUCAUUAUUCCUCGGCAUCAAGUGGGCUUUGUAGGCGCAAGCGUGAAGUCUGUUUUGGACACAUCAGUGAAUUUUCGUAUUUCAGCCUAGUAUGGCUAGGCUGAAUGUUUCACGCGCCAUUUCACUCUCGUUUGCUUGGAUAGUUGCAGAACUUUGGUCGCCCCUAGCAGGGCCCGUGACAGAACGCCAGGUAUUCCCGACAGUGAUCGCUGAAAACAGCUCGGAAGGAACAAUAUCUGUUUUUAUAGACAAAGAUAUUAUAUUAACAUUGCAGGAAUCAUCUGCUUUCGCGAGUACAUUUAGAGUACUCACGUGCGGCCAAAAUGCCAUUGAUGAAAAAGAGAUAAAUCUGUCUGAGCUAGGUGGAAAAGUUUACACGGAUCGAAAUACACAAGCUGUGCUUCUGAUAUCUUGUGAGAAUGGACUACGUGUGACAGGAUUUAUAGGUGGCGGUGGUCGGAUAACAUUUAACGAAGACGCUGAGCCCAGCAAUGGCGGGAUAAUUGCUCAUACCUUACUAGGCAUUCACGGGAAUCACUCAAUGGAGGGGUUUUUUCGCGACAGAGAGAUUGCUGCUGAAGCGGAGAAUGUCGAAGUUAAUGCACGCUGUGGCACACCAACUUCAGGCCCAGCGUCUGCCGUAAUCGAGGUAGUACUCGUCGUAAGCCAUGAAUACAGCACUUCAUUCACCAGUACAAUUGGACAGGAAUACAAGGGCCUCCUUGAUUACUUGCGCGUCUUUUUGCAAGCAGUUAACGUAAUUCUCGGCAAUACGCAAAAGGAUGUGUUGGAUCUGAAGCUCGUCGUAUUGGAGUUGAUUGUGUUGACGGAAUAUACCGAAAUACUGAGCAAGAGGUAUCAAAAGAACGAUAAACUAAUUGAAGCCAGCACCCCGGAACCAUUGUUAAAUUUUAUGGAAGCUAAUGAACAUCUGUUCAGUAAUUCAGAUGUGGUGGUGUAUUUGAGCAAGCGCAACUUCGCUAUGACUACCGCAGGAGGAUAUAGCCAAGUCCGAGGCAUGGCAUAUGCUGGUACUGCGUGCACCAGUGACGGUGGUGUCUUGGUUGCUGAUGAUGCUACCAUGACGAAUGGCGUGACAACUUUUGCUCACGAAGUACUUCACGCUUUGGGAUCCGAGCAUGACGGCAGCCCGGCACUUGAUUACAUUCCAGGAAGCCCUGGCGCUGUAGAUUGCCCCGACGAAAAAAAAUACAUUAUGACAAAGACACCAUCAGCCGAUCUGCUUUCAUUGUCAAGAUGCACCCAAGAUCAGGUUGUGGUGUACCUAAACACUCAACAGGCUUCAUGCCUCAAGAAUGCAGAUCGACGCAACUCACCUCCGCCCAUCGCCGCAAACGUGCGAAAGCCAUUUAUUAACGCGACGAGAUAUUGUGAGCACCUUCACAAAGGUGCUUUAACCGUAGAGUAUAUCUCGAAUCACAGUGAUGGAUUCAACAUAGAAAAGUGCUAUUUGGUGUGCCUGACAAUAAAUGCAGAAGGAGAGAGGGUGCACAAUGUUCAUAAUGCGCCUGAUUACAUGCAAUGUAGUGAGACAAAGAAACUGGUUUGCCUUGGCGGUAUUUGUCGAGCGGUGCCUCUGAGGCCGAAGCUACCACAUCAGAGAGUACAAGAAGUUGCCAGAGAGCGUUUGCGACUACGAAGUCUGAUGCACAAGCAAUAAAACA